AUGGGGGAACUUCCUGGUUCUGAGGGAAUGUGGGAAAAUUGCCCUUUGGGCUGGGUGAAGAAAGAAGCAAGUGGAACCCUGGGACACCUGGACUUCCUCCUCCAGAGGAAGCCGCUUUGGUUGUGGGCCAGCAAGCCUGUGCGUCCCCAGCCCCAGGGCAUUCACCACUUCAGAGAAGCAUGGCGACAGUUCUGCUGGAUGAGAGGAUCCAGGCUGACUGGAGGAAGGAAGGGCUUUGUCUCAUCUGGGCUCAGGUUUGGGAGAGAAGGCUUCUCAGAGGAGGUGAUGCUUCAGCCAGUCUUAAAGGCAAUGCGGUGUGCAGAGGGCGCUUGGUGGUUCUCUCCUGAUGGCCUCGCAGAAUCUGGAGCCUCCAUCUGGCCAGCAGAGGGCGCAGAAGGACUGCCUGGGCAGCUCGGACGUGACCGCCUGGAAGUGGUGUACAGCGUUCCUGACAACGUUCCCGGCCAAAACGGGUCCCGCCGCCCACUUGUGUGCAAGAUAGCUGGAAAAUGUCUUUCUGUGUGCUCCGAGGAGAAUGCAAAGGCUGGUGGAUGUAGUGCCUUUCCUCUACUGCUCUCUCAGCUGGGGGCAAGAAUGACAGGACGUGAACAUGCACACAAGGGCCCAGAACUCACGACCCCCCACAGAGGCACCCCCACCCGGCCCCCGGCUCCUGCGCUUGCAGGAUUUGGGGCACUGGCACAGCACAGCCCACCCCUUGGGACUAACACCCCCUCGGCAGUUCUGCUCUCUGCAGCAACAUAG